GAAUUCCAUCAGAGCCAAGUAAGGAGGUCCUUCUUGGUCCCUCUCUCUCUUUUUAAAGGACCUAGGGCAAUAAAAGUGCAGAAAACAAACCAAGGCGAUCACAGCAGCCGCCGCCGCGGCAGCAGCAGCAGCAGCAGCAGCAGGAAAAGUUGGAGUUUGGGGCAGCCGCCGUGGAGUUGCUGGGCUCAGCGCAGCUCCCAUUCAUUAAGUAACCAGCCGAGAAGGAAAGUGGCGGAGCGCCCGCGCUGCACACUUACUCGCGUACACAUACAUACACACGCCGGCCCAGCGCGCCCAAAGGGCCACAGCUCUGCAGAGGUUUCUGCUCGGGAUUUGACUCUCUUCCCUUUGGACUUUUAAACGCUCUGGGGUUGACAGAGGAAAGCAGAGGCGCACAGAGGAAGAAAAAAAACACCACCGGCAACCUCGAGAACUUUUCUGCAGCUUGAAAUCAAGCAGGCAGCCAGGGCUGCACUCUCGCCGCCCUGCCCCGAGCCGGGGCCGACCAGUAGUCUUUCUCCGGAGCAGCCUCGGCGGCGGCGACAGAACAACCCGAAGGCAGCCCGGGCGUCUGGGUCUGUGGCUGCUGUCGCGGGGCGUCUUCGCGGGGCAGGAGGCUCGCGCCGCAACCAGCGCCAUGCAAAACUUCAAGUACGACAAGACGAUUGUUGCAGAAAGCAAAAACGGCGGCCGCCCGGCGCUCAACAACAACCCGCGGAAGAGCGGCAGCAAGCGGGUGCUGCUCAUUUGCCUCGACCUCUUCUGCCUCUUAAUGGCGGGCCUGCCCUUCCUCAUCAUCGAGACAAGCACCAUCAAGCCUUACCAUCGAGGGUUUUACUGCAAUGAUGAGAGCAUCAAAUAUCCGUUGAAAACUGGUGAGACAAUAAAUGACGCUGUGCUCUCUGCCGUGGGGAUCGUGAUUGCCAUCCUUGCGAUCAUCACAGGGGAAUUCUACCGGAUCUAUUACCUGAAGGAGAAGUCCCGCUCAACUAUUCAGAAUCCCUAUGUGGCAGCCCUCUACAAGCAAGUUGGUUGCUUCCUCUUUGGCUGUGCCAUCAGCCAGUCCUUCACAGACAUUGCCAAGGUGUCUAUAGGGCGCCUGCGUCCUCACUUCUUGAGCGUCUGCAACCUUGAUUUCAGCCAGAUCAACUGCUCUGAAGGCUACAUUCAGAACUACAAAUGCAGAGGAGAUGACAGCAAAGUGCAGGAAGCCAGGAAGUCCUUCUUCUCUGGCCAUGCCUCCUUCUCCAUGUUCACCAUGCUGUAUUUGGUGCUCUACCUGCAGGCCCGCUUCACUUGGCGAGGUGCCCGCCUCCUCCGGCCCCUCCUGCAGUUCACCCUGAUCAUGAUGGCCUUCUACACAGGACUGUCACGCGUAUCUGACCACAAGCACCAUCCCGGCGAUGUCCUGGCAGGGUUUGCUCAGGGCGCCCUGGUGGCCUGCUGCAUAGUUUUCUUCGUGUCUGACCUCUUCAAGACCAAGACGACACUCUCUCUGCCUCCCUCUGCCAUCAGGAAGGAAAUCCUCUCACCUGUGGACAUUAUUGACAGGAACAAUCACCACCACAUGGUGUAGAUGCUGCCCACCUCUUGAGCUGUUUUUGUAAGAUGACUGCUGACAGCAAUUUCUUGCUGCUCUCCAAUCUCAUCAGACAGUAGAAUGUAGGGAAAAACUUUUUGCCCGACUGAUUUUCAAAAAGAAAGAAAGAAAAAAGUCUUACCUUGUGGCCUUCCAAAAUAUAGGUAGUGUUCACCUAUGUGGAAACCGCAGCAAACUAACACCAAGUGCCGGAAUCCUGGAUGUGCAAUUGGUUUAAGUGUUCAUGUUCUAGUGAACACGGGCUCAUUCUGGAACAAACACUAAAACGAUUCAAGUAGAGUCUGCUGGUCAUCCUUGUGACCCAAGGAAUCCCAGGCCUGUGAGAAAAAGCACAAAUUCACAUUGUAGCACAUGAUGCCAGAAAUAGCACUGAAUCAAGAAAAUAGCCAUUGAGGGGCUCCCUUCCUGCAUCUUCUCUGCCCACCCCACUCCAUUCUCUACUGUGACUUUGAUUCAGGAAGUCUGUCUUGUUUAGGUUUGCUUUUUACAUAGAAGGGAAGAGCAAGCUCGCUCAAUCAAAUUAUCAGAUCCUGAAUCCACAUACUUUAUGCUAAGGCCUUAUCACUUCCCAGGCCCAGAGGCCAGUAAACUCAGUCCCUUGCUUUAGUGAUUAGGAGACUCGUUGUGGAUGAGUGAAUUUCACAAAGAGCACAAUCUCAGAAGUAACGGAGGAUAUGGGCCCUCAUUUGUCUUCUUUUGAUACAUCAUCCUGUGAUGUUAAAACAUCAAUUGCAGGAUGCUGAUACUGUGUACAACCAAUCACCAGUCACUUGCAUGCUCAUAGAAAUGGUUAGAUUUCAGUUACUGCCUUCUCCAGUGAAAUCCUUGCUGUGUACCUACCAGGAUUUCCUUCGAGGGUUCAGAGAUGAGCAAAGGUGUCUGCCCUCUGAUGAAAAGCAGCCUUCUGUACACGAGAUGGGAGACUGAAUGGGGCAGAAUGAAGAGUGAACCAAACUUUGGGCUACUCAAAGUCAGCAGUAGCAGAUGGUCUCAUGCCCAACAGGCUGCCCUGGAAGAUAAAGGAGCUGAGAAGGGUCUUGGGGAGUUUGCUGAGCUGGCUAAAGCACUAUUGUCUUGGGGUUGAUCUCUAGGGCAGUUCUUGGUAGGUUCUGCUGGGCAGAACACGUGGGUUAAAUCUCCGAAGAAGAGUUUCCCCUCAUCCUCUAACCAUAAGUCCUUCCAAGCAAGGUCCCAUUCUAGAUAGUAGUAGACAGGGACCCCUUCUACUGAACCUUUGAGGAAAGAAAGAAGGAAGAAAUGCUUUUAGAUUUUGGAUGCAAACCUUUCAAAGGGCCAAAUGUAACCACAUGGAUCAACCACAUGCACAUCCUUAUUACAGAAUCCAUCCUUUCAUUUCAACUAUAGCAAGCUAUGAUUUUUAUAUAUAAAUAUUAUAUAAAUAAUGUAUAAAACAUUAAAAGUUAACUAUGUAAAAUAUUAUUUCUGAAACAAUUUUAGCUAUAUCCACUAUGAUUAUAAACUGUGUCUUGACCUGUGUUAUUUACAUUAGCUGCUUAAAAAAAGCAUCGAGUUAAUUUUUUUUAAUAUCAACUAAAAUAUCUUAGUUCUGUGGUAGACAUUGUUUUACAAUGAGAGAAAUAACUGCAACUAGAGAAAACUGUAUAAAAACAUUAAAUUGUCAGUAUUUUUGUAAGGUUCCAUUUUGUAAAGAGAAGAAUAUUCAAAGACUUUUGUAGAAUACAAAGUGAAAACUUGUAUCUGCAAAACUAUACAUGUAUUAAAUGUGCUUUUUAAAUAAAAGCUCGUAACACAACUAA